UUGAAGAAGAGUUGACAAACAGAAAUGUAGAUCACCAUCUAUACAUACAUUCUAAUGAGGGUGCAUGUGCAACAGAUGAAAUUUGUAAACAUAUGUCUAGUAAAGAAACCAUGAACAUUCCAGAUAGAGUAAGCCAAGUUGAAUUACAGAUCGAUCUUGAAGAAAAUGAGAGUGAUAGUGAUAUCGACAUUGACACACCUAUCAAACGCAAUCGUGGGAGAAAUUGUAUAGAAUCUGAUUCAGACACAAAUGUUGAAGGUGACAUCAUACUGAUCAGUUCAUUUGAAAGUGAAAGGUCAUGUCAGUGUAUUGAUACACAGCAUGUACGUGAUGAAACAUGUCACGAUGAAAUUGUCCCAGAUGCAGGAUUGAAUGAAAAUACAGACAAUGCAAUUUUGAGUGCAGAGGAUGAGUCUACUGACGAUUGUUUUGCGCAAAAUUCCUUGGAAUCUCAUAUAAAAGCAGGAAUUGAUCAGGAAAGAAAAGAAGAUGAUAUGCAUCUUUCUUCCAAUGAAUCAAGAGACGAAGUAGAGUUUGUAUCAGAUCUUGGAAUGUGUGAUAGGCCAGACAAAUCUUUUAAAUUUUUACCUCUUGAGAUAACUGACAAACAAGCCAUUUGUAAAAAAUUGAAUAUUACCUAUACAGACACAAGCUUCCAUGCAAGGUCCAAUAGCAAUGAGUGCAUCGGAAUUCCUUCACACAUUAAAACAAUAGCUGAUGAUGGAAACUGUUUCUUUCGUGCAAUUUCAUAUGCUAUUUCUGGAACUGAAUGUCAUCAUGUAAUUCUAAGGAAUAUUACUGUGAACCAUUUAUUACAGACCAAUGAUAAGUUUAAGAGUACAUUGAGAAGUGAGUUCAGAACUGUCAGAGAAUAUGUUUUGAAAAAUAGAAUAAUGGAAAAUGGAACUUGGGCUACAGACACUGAAAUGAGUGCAUUGGCAAAUUUGAUUGAUACCGAUAUCUAUUCUUACAAUGAUCAAGUACCAUGUUGGCAGUUGUACUCUGCAAGGAAACCAGGAAGAAUAAAUGUUGUUACAUCUCAUAAAGGCAUUUAUAUACAGUACACAAGAAAUGUUCAUUUUCAUGUAGUUGAAUCCGUUACUUCUGUCAGUAGUGAUUCAUCAAAGGACAUGGCAACAAUGAAAGAUAUAAGCACAACAGUAAACAUGCAAAUAAAACCAGUUGCACAAGGAACAUUUCAUCAAGGUGAUACGAGAUUUGGUGAUUCAGCAGGAAAGCAAUGUGUUGCCAAUUCAUUGUCUGCUUUGUUGUAUAGCAAAAUGAAAAAUGCUAAUGAUUGGGACAAUAAAGAUUUAGAUAAAAUUCUGGCCAAUGGUGAUGAACUCUAUCGUUACAUAAGGUAUUAUGUAGCACGUGAACAAGAAUAUCUAUUAAUUUCUGAUCUACUUGAACACUUAGAGGCAUAUGAUGAGUUGUUUGAGAUAAAACGACGUGAAUCAAUACCUGGAUUGUUAGAAGGAGAUGAAACAAAAUUGGAAGAAUCUAUUUCAAUGCCAUUGAAACAGGCACUUGAACAAGAAUUGAAUUCUGACUCUGAUGCAUGUUUUGUGACAUUUUCUGGAAAUACUUUUAUUGUCAUAUCUAGUUAUGAUUGUUUCUUUAUAUUUGAUUCACAUUCAAGAAACACAAGAGGCUUACUCGUUGAAGAUGGCUAUAGUGUAGUGCUUCAAACUCCAAGUUGGCAAGUUCUGGGCUUCUGGCUGAGGGACUCUCUUCUAUUGUAAUCCAGAGAGUCAAAGAUGGUCAACUUUUGCUGAGGGAAGUGAAUCUCACUUCCCAGGUCUCCCUUCCCAGGCCAAAGAAGUUUCCAGUAUGGACUGCAGCUGCAUAAGGAUUCUUUUCAAAAUUCAUCAGCGCAUCCAAGUUCGUAAAAGUGUUGGCGUAGAACUUAUCUUUCAUUGGAAAGUAAAGGGACAACAUCCCCAGCGACUUAAAGAUGACCAAUCAACCUUUGUCUGAAAAGGAAGGUGAAUCUCUUAUCCCAGGCACCAAGAAGUUUUCAUCAUGGAAUCCUGCUUCAUAUUACACCUACCUCAUGAUUCAUCAACUUCCACAAACAGGACUAUGGGAAUUAGACUUAUUAUAUCUAAGUUUUCAUCAUGGGCUCUUGCUUGAUAAGACUUUGUUCACGAUUCAUUAAAGGACAAGUCCACCCGGGGGGGGGCACUCAAAUUGUUUUUUGAUGGGGUGUGCCUCCCGAAACUCUGAAAUGGGGGUCUAAGGAACUGACUAAAAGGGUAAAAUACGGGUCUUGGGAAGUAAAUAUACCGAACGGUGUGAAAAACAGGGUCUACGGAAUGGGAUCGCGGCACUAUACGUUGCACAAUAUAUAGCGCUGUGCAUGCGCUCGCCAUGCAUAGAGCGGCUACUAGUUAUUAUGUAGGGAGUUGCAAAGACGUACGUGCAUCUCUCGAAUGCAGUGGUCGCGCUGGACAAUUUUGGUAGGGCUAGAGAACUGAGAUGUCUCGUAACAGGGGUCUUGCGAGCGCGACUGGGCGGCUUCUGAACUGAACUUUUGUCAUUCGGAGUAUCUAGAGAACUGAAACUUGAGUCUGAAAAAGGGGGUCAUCAAUACGUCACAUCCCCGUAUCACCAAUAUAUGCGAGUGCCUCUUCCGGUUGGUAUGCAAAUGAUGACUGAGGGCUGAUGACAAAACCCUCUGACUUUCUUUUGUAUUUUAUUAAAUGAAAUAUGAAAUAUUUAAAAUAUUAAAAAAAAUGUAUCACAAUUC